AAUCAUUAUUAAAGGGCGGUUUUAUCAAGACUUCAAAAGACUUUGCCGACGUGCGUACGUGACAAACUGCUAGGUAAAUGUAGGCGGAGUCAUUUAUUCAGUUGUUGACACACUUGCCCAGCAAAGCAGCAGUGUUACAAUAUUUUAAUUGACGAGAAAGGUCACAUAUAUUUAUCAAUCAGUGGAUUAGUGUCAACAACUAAAUGUCUGGGGAAAAUCUAUCUAAAAUAAACGUCUUAUAAUAAUUAAAUGAUAUAAUAAUAUAAAUGUUAUUGCAUAUUAUUGGAAUUGUUCACUAAAGAGAAAUACUUUAUGUUAUUUAAAUGUACAGUGAUAUUUAUCUCUUCACUAAUUGAAGAACUGGAGCCUCUCCUACUACCAAUAUAUACCCGAUUACGCCCCUUACCUAUCCGUCGCCAUUUGCCAGUAUGUAAACAGCAGACUGACGGAGUGUAAACUUUGGGUAAUUAACAGAAGUGCGCAAGCAGUAACCGAUAAUUUAAAGCUAAUAUUUUAUGGGAAUAUAAAAUGUAAAAACCUAAGCGGUUAAAAAGUGCGUAAACCUAAUAUUUGUAGAAUCACACCAAAAUUUACCCAUUUUUGCGAAUCUUGCGCGAAAUAGAGGAUGAUUGACAUCAUCCGUGACGUCGCAAAGGAACGAAUACAAAGGAACGUCAGUUUUUAAUUGCAUAUAAUUAUGUUGCUUUGUCAACUGACAUUAAAUGACUCAUUUAUAUUCAAUAUUUUAUUUCUUCAAAAUUUUGGGCCAAAAUCGACCCAAAACGUACCAAGCCCUUUAACGUUAACGUUUUGCGCGGCUUAAGACGCCGCGUUACGUCAUAUUUUUAUGUAAGCGGAAACGCAAUGAUCAAAACAAAUUUAAAAAACGUUCAUACAGUUUAUAAGCAUCACGACGAUACAUUUAAAACGCCGCAAUAGUUGAGAAUCGUUUCACGUUGCACGUUUCACGUUUCCCGUUAAUAAACGCAUUCUCACUAACACUGGCGUCGUGUGUUUAUAAUUCUCAACUAGAGUUUAACAAUUGUCAAGUCGAAGGUUAAAGACCUACUGAGCAGAAGGUGGAAAUGGAUUAUAAAAGGUUUCCUGAUGCGAUGAAGUCGCGAACUGCACACCUUAGUCAGCUGACGAAAACAUUUAAUGAACUGGAACGUUUAAUGUUAUCAUCAGAAAAUUAUGACAAAGUACAUGAAAUAUACAAUAAACUUUGUGAGAAAUAUGAACAUUUCAAGGCAGCACAUAUCCUAUGUAUUGAUAUGUGUGAGGAUACAGAAAAGUUGAACUCAAUGGAAAGUAAUUUUACCAGUCAAGUUAAGAACAUUGCUGAGUUUAGUGAACGCUACUCAGAGUGGAAAAAAUCUGUGAACAAUACAGAAGAUUGUAUUUCAGUGAACAGUCGUGUAACGGUAACGAAUAAUUCGUCAGUGCGUUCGUCACGAUCUGAAAUGCUUAGCGCUAAAGCAAGGAAAUUAGUUGCUGAACAGAAAUUAAAGACAUUGAUAGAAAAGCAGCGCAUUGACAAACAGCAACGAAAGUUGCAACGUGAACGGGAGGAGCUUGAAGAACGUAAACAAUUACUUGAUGUGCAAAGUGAAAUUGAUCAAGCUCAGGUUGAAGAGGCAGUAUGGCAGCAAGACGCAAUGUUUCCGGCUCCGGUGGUAACAACUGACAUACCACAAACCAACACCGCUACACACAUUAACAGCGGUAGUCGUACAGACGACAUUCAUAUGACGACAGUCGUUCAUUCACAAAUACCGGAUGUGAUGUUAAAUAAAGAAGUUAGCAGAAGUGCGCGCAGUAUAGAAUACAACGAAGAAAGACUUAAUGCAGCCAAUGAUCAUCUAUAUAACAGGAGGGAGGUUUCCGGAAACCAAGUACCGGUCAGUGACGUUUCCAUGGAUACUUCUGAUACAACAGUAAGCUAUAGAACCAACACCAAAGGUAAGGUAACUAGCGAUAUCAGUAGCAUCGACACGGCAUUCAACAGACUAGCGUCUACAUUACAGGAAGGGUUUAAUUUGCCUAAACCUGAGUUAUUGACAUUUACCGGAAGUGCCAUAGAUUAUUGUAAAUUCAUUAAGAAUUUUGAAACAAACAUUGAAUCGAAGAUUCUUGAUAACAGACUUAGGUUGAGUUAUCUUAUACAAUAUUGUACAGGCGAGGCAAAGUCUUGUAUAGAAGAUUGUGUGUUGUUAGAGUCCGAUGUAGGUUACGCACGUGCACGAGAAAUAUUGAAAACUCGUUAUGGUAAACCUCAUGUUAUUGCUAGAUUUUAUAUUGAAAAAAUUAGUUUAUGGACAACAAAUUAAGUCUGGUGAUAGUAAUAGCCUUUCAAAACUUGCUUUAGAUAUGCAAAAAUGUGAGAUAACUUUUUCACAGUUAGGGUUUGUUUCAGAUGUUGAUAAUACUGAAAAUCUUAGGCUUAAGUUAAAAGGCUACCUUUACACUUCAGAACAAAAUGGGUUGAUGUAGCACAUAACAUUAAUAUUGCUGGCAGGGAACCAAAUUUCUCUGACGUAGUAAAAUUUGUAAAUGAGAAAUCUCAAGUUGCUUGUUCUAUAUAUGCCUUAGAUCUUGUUAAAGAAAAUACACAACCCACAGCUAUUAAAGCAUCCAAUUCAAUGUCUGAAAACAAUAACAAGGCUAGAUUAACGACAUUUGCUACUCAUAUUGAUACGCACAAAGUCCGAAUUGAACGAAAAUGCUAUUGUUGCUUAGGAACAUGUUCUGAUUUGUCAAAAUGUCAAAAGUUUAGCUUAUUAACCUUGGCUGAUAGGCGCAAACUGAUUUAUAAAUUCAAACUUUGUUACAAUUGUCUUAAAGGCAAACAUAUGACUGAUACAUGUUAUAGGCAAAAUAUGUGUAAUGUUCCCGACUGUAAUGGAAAGCAUAACACGUUGUUGCAUAGUUGGGCGAAGUUUAGGUCUGACCACACAGUUACACAUCCGUCAGUAAAUUGUGCUGCUACAAGCGGCUCAUGUGUCAAGGCAUGCUUAGGUAUCAUACCCGUAGUGGUCACUAGCGAGAACGGAAGCACGUGCAAGACAUAUGCUCUUCUCGACGACGGUGCAGAUAAGACUUUAUGCGAUGAGCGUUUGUUACAAACAUUAAAUCAACCUGGAAAACCAGUGUCAUUCAAUAUUGCUACCGUAAGUUCUACCGGAAGUACAAUAUCUGGACAGGAAGUAAAUUUGCACGUGCGAGCUGUAGCCGGUGUCAAUGAUGUUCAUCUAAAGAGUGUUUGGACAGUAAAGAGACUUCCUAUUACAACUAAAUCUGCCGCUAGAAGAGAUCAGGUUCGUAAAAUACCCCACCUGUCGGACAUUGAAAUUCCUAACGUUGACGUAAGUGACGUCAUGCUUCUUAUUGGGACGGAUACUCCGGACGCGCAUGUUCCGUUAGAGGUGCGAGCGGGGGUAAGUGGUCAACCAUAUGCUGUUCGCACUUGUCUUGGAUGGGCAGUUCGUGGACCAAUUAGUGACGUUAUUGACAAAGGCAGCGCAGUUAAUAUCCACUAUGUCCAAUCUGAUGACGUCACACUUCAAAAUCAAUGAUCAUUUAUUUAAAGAAAUACUCGUAAAAUAAAUAAUUACAAUACUCCGUUAAUGGUGUGAUUCAGGUUAACUUGUAUUUCUUACAUAUUACACAUUCAAACAAUUGUUAUAAUAUGAAUUAAUAAAUAUAAGUUAAACAAGAAGCAGUCACAAACUUCCUUCCACCCCCCGCGUCUAUCCAAAAAAUGACAUAAUAAAACAAAUCCCAAAAAUUGUAAAUCGUUUCUUCGUAGGAAAGUAUCCAGUAAACCAAAAUGAAACUGAGUUAAGCCACUUGACCCCUUUACAAAAUCGCACUGCGCUGUUGUGAGCAUAAACGGUAUGCCUUUUUAGGCCAUUUCGGUAUAUAACUGUAAUGUUUAAAUUAUAAAAAGAGUGACACAGUUUUCUUAACUUUUAAGCAGAUUUAUAAUUUAGCCGUAACAUUUUCCAAAACCAAUUGUCGAUCACCAUUUCAAUUCAAAUAAACCAAUUAGCACAAUGACACUUUAAAUUGAAUGUAACAUUGUAUAAACAUUACUCCAUACACAUUAAACAUAUAAAAAUGCAAAAUGAAAUACUUAGAUAUAACAAAAUAAUAUAUCGUCUACUAUUGGUAUCCGACACAAUACAUUUCACCCUUCAUUCCUUAUUUUCAAUUAACCAUUAGUUAAUUAAUUAAUAACUAAUUAGUAAACUAAUUGAUAUUUCUUUAAAAUAUCACUAAAAUUCAUUUUUAUGAAUCAAUUUUGUGACCCAAAAGUGCAGUCGUUUCUCUGAUGUUGAAAAUUGCAUAUGUACAUGCGAUCAAAAAAUGACAUCAAAGUGCGUAAUGCACUUUUGGGUCGGACCCCAAAGUUCGGUGUUACAGAACACCGCACUUUGGGGCCAAACGCACUUUGGGUUCAAAUUUUGACCCAAGAGUGCGUUACACAGGUACAUACGCAAUUUUUAACAUCAGACAAACGACCGCACUUUGGGGUCAUAAAAUCUAACCAAUAAAAAUGAAUUUCAUUAAUUGCUAUUUGUGUUUACUAUUUUUUUGUCCAUGGGCUCCUUCGGUGAUUCGCAGCAUUUCAUAUUAAUGAAUGAGAACCGGAAAGCAGUUCUGCUGUGCAUGAAUUCGAAAGCUAUAAAUAGCUAUAAAUGUUCUGAUUUUUGACAGUUAGGUUAUAAAUUUGUUAUUUCCCUUUUUUUUUAGUAGUACAUGAGAUUAUAAUUUGUUACAUUUUGAAUUACUUUUACACACAGCAUAUCAAGUAUACUAUUAGUGAUUGAAUUUGUCAAUAUAAAGAAGAUUUCAGGCAUAAGACUUAAAUAAUUUUGCUUUUGAUAAUUAUUCUUAAUUUAUAUUUCUGAAGCUAAAUGUUUAAUAAUAACAUGUUGAUAGAUUGGUUGUUUUGAAAUAAUUAUAACUUUAGUGUAUAAGGUUACAUUUCAUUAGCAUUGGUACACGGAGGUAAAUUAUCAACACUUUGUGCUUGGUGACAAGUCCGAGGGUCCGUACUUAACAGCGAAAGCUGCAUUUAGUGCCCGUUCGGGCGGAUGGAUCCUCAUUAAGCAUAGACUAUAUAUCAUUGAUAACAACAGAAACUUUGAUCUGCAGUUUGGACAUGAGGUGUAUUGUUUUUUUAUGAAAGGUUUUUAAGCAAUUCAGCAAAAAAGUAUAUUGAUCUCCCAAUAAAUCAAUUAACAAUAGCUUUUUAUAUAUCACCAAUGUCAAGAAGCUUUUAUAUCUUUGACUUGCACGAACAUGAUGUUAGUGAAUUUCCUCAUACCUGACUAAAAUUCAGGUAACAAUUUGAAAAAAACAAUUUUUUUAAUUUGACAUGAACAAAAUGCAUGUAAUAUUACUAUAUUAUAAUAUUAGUCCCUUUUGUUACUAUUUGUAACAAUUAUAAUAAUAAAAAAAACAGACUUUGAUAUUUUUAUCAUCUUAUGUUACUGACUACAGUAGUGACACAAACAGAACACAGUACAGUCAUGUCACAUUACAUUUACAAGUCUUGUAUUCAAUGGGAUUACUUUCCUUUACUUAGUGAAAGCAUUUUUUUUCAAAUUAAAUAUCUGACCCCUCUUUUUAAUUAUGGACAGUGCAUAAGAUAAGUAUAAUUAUGCAAAAAAUGGUUUACAAAACAUUCGGAAAAAUCUACAAUUAUAGUACUUAAUCUGAAUAUAACAUGACCUGUGCGCAGGAAUAAUUUGGUAAGGUAUCUGUAAUGAGCGCAUUUAUUGUGCGGAGCUUCUCAAUUGCUGCAUUGCAGCAACAUUUGUACUUGUAUUUUAAAUUAAUAUGUUGUUGUUAAUGCCAAGGGUUAACUUAAAAUAAGGAAUGAAGUACUUGGCGAAAUAUAUACAGAGGAUAACAAUAACAGAUGAUCGCUCUGCUUAUUUCCCAAUUUACAAUUAAUUAUAUUUUUGUAUUUCAUUAUGUGUGUCAUAGAAUGAUGGCCUUAAUGUAAGAUACAUGUAUAUAUAAAUAUGUUUGAUGUGAAUACAAUAAAUAACAUUUACAGCUGUAUACAGCUUACACCGAAAGCAGCUUACCGUUAGCUGUAUACGCCAAGAUGCUGCAUAUUAUCGUAUAUACUAGUAGCUCAUUUUGUUACAGGACUAAACUUGUGAUCGUCCACGACAAUGACAAAGACCACGUCUAUAUUUUUGCGACUUUUAAUUCGGCUCCGAUCACUACGACUUUGAUCACGACCACGACUACGUCUUCUACACCAUUAAUGACUACGAGUACAGCUAUGACUACGAUAACGAAUACAACUUUUACGACUACCUACGACUUUUAAGAAUUCGCCACAAACUGCGACCAUUUUUUCGACUACGAAUGAUAUAACUACAAGUACGACUCUGACCCUGAGGAUAAAGACGACUUCAAUGAAGAAACAACUUUGACGUAUACGACUUCAGCAACGACCACGAAUUCAAAGGAUAGGUCGGCAACUUAACUGCAACCACGACAUGACUGCGACUAACUACUACGACUAUUACGAUUACGACUUUAAAGACUUUGCCAAGAUCUACGACAACGACUUGUCGAUUGCUACAGCCAAGACUUCGAUCAUUACUUUCACGACGACUGGUCGUUUAAUACUACGACGGUGACGGCGGCCACAAGUAUUCUAGACAUAUACGAUUACCAAUACAGCUUCAACUUAAAGGGCGACUAUAGGUACAAAGACUUAAAUAUUUCGAGUACAGUUACGACUACGACUAUGACGAUGUGCUGUUAUGACGCCAACACUUUCAGCUUCGGCGACUAUAACCAUUACUACGACAUCUACGACUACAAAUAGGUGAAUACGAUUAUGACUGCAUCGACGACUGCGAGUACGAUCAACGCUUCAGCGACAUCGAAUAUGACUGCUACACAUUUGUAUCUAAUUUUGAAAUUACAACUACGACUAGUACUUCUACGAAUACUGAUUCGACAUCAUCUGCGACCAAGAUUACUACCAUAAUUGCUUUCACAAUGACACCUUCGGCGACGUCCACUUCAACUUCAGUGACUUCAACUAAAACUGCGACAAGGAUGGAAACAUUAACAAGUGUAAUGAUGACGACGACUUUGCUAACUGACGAUUAUAACUACAACCACGACUACACCUUCAGCUUCGACGAUAACGACGAUGACCAAAAUGCAUUUUCGAAAUUGGAUCCACAUUUCCAACGUUUACAGCUUCCGUAAGCUAACGUCGUCAGUUAACGAAAAACUAACAAGAGGAGUGCCUGCCUAGUGGUUUAUUAUAAGGUGUGCUGCCCCUGAAUCCAGGGAUCAUGAUUGUGUUCGAGCCCUACUCAAGUCACGAUCAUUUUUUCUCAUAUGACAGUAGUACCAGGAAGUGGACUAGAAAGUGAUUUAUAUAAGUUGCAAAAACUCCUUUCAUAAUCGAGCUAAAUAAAUAUGUUUAAACUAACUAACAAUUAUAGAUCUUCGUAAGCUGUAUACGUUUUCAACUAGGAUUCUUUCAAUUAACGUUUACAGCUCACGCGUAAGCUAUAUACGUCAUAAGAUGUUAACGGUGAAUAUUAAGAUGAAAUUCACGUGUAUAUAUGGCAGGAACUAUUUUCAAACAUAUAUAAAAGCUAAUUUUCUGAAAAUACGAAAUUAUCUUUUUUACAUGGCGGUCAUUUAUAAAAAUGCAGCGUUUUUGGUCGUAAACAGAUACAUUUUGUAAAACCUUACAAUUCUCUUAAAUAUUUCUGUAAGAUUUCAAUGAAUCAAAAUAUAAAAUGUCUGGUGGCGUAAGUAAUCGUUUGCAUUAAAUUUCUCUCGUGUCAUUUCAUUUUAAGUCUCAAGAUAGCGUUCAAAAUGGCCACAAAACGAAAAUAAGUCAUUCCUGACACAUCAAUGUACAAUGCAUAUAGAUCUAAGAAUAAUUUAUAUUUACUAAUAGAAGCAGUUACUCUCAUGGCAUAACAUGUAAUACCUGGCUAAUACCAUGACAUACGUAAAAGUCAUUUAGAUUUCAAAGCAAAAGUUUACGAGACAGCAACAAAAACAUUUACUUUAAGGCAUUUACUAAUCGAGUGAUUAUGGUCAUUCCGGUCGUUCAUAUAGUCCAAAUAUUUCGGAAACUCGAAAAUUGUGAGAUAGGUUUGAAAUGAAUUUACAACUGUAGCCCUCGCGCUACAAUUAUGAAAGUUACUCCUAACAUACUUGUUAUAAGUCAUUUAAACAGAAUUUUAUUUAUAUGUUUUUGAAAGUAAAUUGAUGAUUACAUUUUAUUUAUCAUUUAUCGGUUUUCCUUAUUAAAUUUAAUUUGGAGUUUUUAAUAUGACACCAAAACUGUUCACGUAAAUGACAGAACAGAAUGCUCUUCGAAACAUCUGUUAUUUUAGUUAGUUUGUUUUUAUAGUCAAAAGUUUGCGAUAUUUAAAGUGGUAAAAUUUAUAAACAUUUAUCACUUACAUUUAAUAAGCAGCAAAUACAUUUUUACUUGUACAUCAAAAUUCGACGAUUGCAUGUGUAUCUACGUUCAUCUUGAACUUCACCUUAAAUAUUUCAAAAUUGCAGAUAAAAAAUAAGUCAGUACUCAGUAUUUAAGCAGACCUCGGUUAACAUUUUUAGAACGAUGGAACCCAAAGUGCAUUAAUAUGUAGCAUAUCAACGCACUUUGGGGUUCAUUUCUGGAUUUUGACCCCCCAAAGUGCGUUUGACCCAAAAGUGCGGUGUUACAGGGCUCAAUACAGAGUUGAUAUGCUCUUUUUAUCUCGGAAAUGAAAAAAGGCUAAUGAGUACAAUAUGACUUCGAUCUGAUCUAGAGAUUGAAAACAAAAGCUAGAUGGAGCACUUUGUUUCUUCGAGUUUUUAUAGAUGGAUAUUGAUUUUUUGGGUUCGGCGGAGGAAAGCAAUGUUAAGAUUAGAUCCAAUCAUGAUUUAUACUUAAACAUCACGCAAUGCAAACGGUGGAACUUUUUACAUUUUAUAAGUUUUGAAAUAAAUUCAUUUUUUAUAAUUAUGUUUUAUC